AUGCUCGGCUCAAAGAGCCACUCUCUAACUCUCCGCUUCCUUGGCGCAGGCGCCGCGUUAUCCCUUACACUUCUUACACUCCUAGUCUUCAGACGGCCGUCAUAUUUUGGCCAUGGUGGCAGCGGACCCUAUACACCAAUAGACCCUGCAAGCACGACGACACAGGUAUAUCAGGGCUCAACAACCCGCACAAGCGGUGAAACCGGAGUAAAUGACACUCAGCAGUCAAGAUGGGAAUUCAACGUCCACCGCGACGGCGAUAAGCAUGGGCUCUCGGAGAGCGAAUGUUCCUUAGCUUUUCCAAAGCUCUUUACGGAACUGGAACGGACUGCAGAGUUCUGGGCAUCGAAUGGUGGUAUUAGUUAUGGGGACGUGGAUGAUAUUGCACGCGGAGGAGGGAUUGAUGGGAACGGGAACGGUCUUGUUAGGGCUGCUGUCAAAGAUGGCGAGUUAUACAUAAUCGACUACGGGCCCCAACCCUACACCUUCACCCGCGGCAAAGCGACCUUGCAUUCUCUGCACCGCGCACUAUCGUCAUACCCCGACAGACACAGUCUCCCUGACAUCGAAUUUGUGUUGACGACAGACGACUUCAGCACCAGAACUAGUACAAAUCCAUCUCCGAUAUGGGCUUACACUAAACGCCAAGAGGACGAAGACGCUGCUAUCUGGCUAAUGCCCGAUUUUGGUUAUUGGUCGUGGCCGGAGGUUGACACCGUCGGCGAGUACAAGGACGUCCGGCGCCGGAUAUUUGCUAAGGAAGAAGGUCUGCCGUUCAGUGAUAAAAAGAAACAGCUCCUUUGGCGGGGUAGUGUGUCCGCAAACCCAGAAAUCAGGAAAGCCUUGCUUGAUACUGUGGGGGGGAAGAGCUGGGCGAAUGUGAAGGAGAUCAGCUGGGCUGACUCUCGCUUUCAACCAAACUCGAAGUCGAAUCCAUCUGAUAACGAAGUACUGCCUAUUGAAGAUCACUGCACCUACGCCUUCCUCGUACACACCGAAGGCCGCUCUUUUUCUGGAAGGGGUAAAUACCUCCUCAACUGCAAGAGCGUUUUCAUAACACAUAAACUAACCUGGCUGGAAGCGCACCAUUCUGCGCUCGUCUCGUCGGGGCCUGAUGCAAACUAUGUUGAAGUUGAUCGGGACUGGUCUGAUCUUGAACGCAAGGUGGAGUUUUUGCUGGACAACCCACAGUCGGCGGAACGGAUUGCGGAGAAUAGCGUUAAGACGUUAAGAGAUAGGUAUUUAACCCCUGCGGCGGAGAGCUGUUAUUGGAGGGCGCUUGUAAGGAAGUAUGGGGAGGUUAGUCAGUUUGCGCCCAUUCUGGAGAAAGGGAGAACGGGUGAAAAGACUAGGGGCUCCAGGUUCGAGAGCUGGGUUCUCGGGGUUUGA